AUGGAGACUGCGGUCUACCGCAGUUUCCUUUCCCACCGUGGGAAAGAAGAUGGAGAGGAGGAUGCCAAGGAGGAUGAGGAGGAGGAGGAUGAGGAGGAGGAGGAGGAGGAGGAGGAGGAGGAGGAGGAGGAGGAGGAGGAGGAGGAGGAAGAGGACAACGGUGGGGUCGCGGAGGAGGUGGGGGCUGGAGGGGGAUGGCAGGAUGAAGGCGAUGAAUGGUGGGCAGAAGGGCGAUAUGAUGGGGAGGAGGCAGAGACCUGGGUUGCUGGGCAGGAUGAGGAUUAG